AUGCGGGAAAUCCGCACUAAUUCGAGAGAUAGCAAAGUUGAAUGCGACCGAGGCUCACCCCGGUUCUGUCACCAUCACCGCGACUACAAAUAUAGCUGCCCUGCUUAUCGGCGGUCAGACAAUUCACCGAUGGGCGGGAAUUGGCACAGGAGAAACAAAGCUGGAGGCGAUGGUUCAAAAGAUACAAUGCGAUCCUUCCAUGAUGAGUCGAUGGACAGACACUUGGCUGCUCAUCCUAGAUGA